UCGUGGCUACUCUUCCGCCUGACUCUUCAGAUGAUGAGGAAUUAAACCAAGCCAUAUUUGCCAGUAUGGAGAGUCAAAUUGCAGAAAAGGUCCCAGUCCAAGAGAUACUGCUGGAACUGUCAAGCAAAAUUAGCACAAAACGGCAGUGCAAAUUUAAUAUAAAUCGCUCUGCUGUCUGGGAAGGAGCCAUGCGGGGCUUCCAAAGGGUAUCCUACGACCCCAAUUUGAUGAUCUGUGUAAAAUUCUCCGAUGACAUGGGGAGAAAUGAAGAAGGAGUUGAUUUAGGAGGACCAAGAAGGGAAUUCUUAAGGCUGCUGAUGGAGACUAUUGCCAGGUCACCCAUGUUUGAGGGAAAAGAAAACAGCAAGAACUUGGCUCUUGACAGUACUGCUCUAAGAGAGGACUGGUACUACAUUGCUGGCAAAGCCAUUGCAGUGAGCUUGGUACAUGGCGGUCCACCACCAAACUUCCUCUCGCCAACAGUAUUUUGUCUUCUGGUCAAUGGUUCAGUAAAUCCAAAACUAGAAGACAUAGCUGACACAGAACUCUUGGAAAAAGUAAAAAAGGUAUCUGAAAGUACAACACUUGAGGACCUUGAGAAGUCAAAUGCACCUUUGCUUGACUACUUGGCCAAUGCAGGAUGUCUGAGGCCUAUGCGGUCGAUAAGAGACAGGGAUUUGCUGGUACAAGACAUUGUCAUGUUUCAGGUCAUCCACAGGGUUCAAAGUCCAUUUCAAAGAUUCUGUGAAGGACUGAAAACUCUUGGGGUUCUGGACCAAGUACGACGACAUCCAGACAGCUUUCGACCCCUGUUCUGCUAUGAGCCAAACACACUGACUGCUGACCAGGUGGAUGAUCUUUUCAGCAUUCGUCUCUCUCCAGAAGGGAGCAACAAGAGAGCUGCUGAGGAGAUGGUCGUUACUUUCUGA